GAACUAUAGUAAUUUUGUGUCGGGAUUGCUCCAUACUAAAAAUAAAUACUCAAUUUACAAGUUAUAAUUUUCAUAACAUUACAACUAUUUUAUUAAAGUGUUUAAUACACGGUGUAGUUUGAUUAAUCUCUCAAUGAUUAAAUAGUAACUAUUAUAAAAAAAAAGCGACAACGGUAAAAAAAAUCAUUAACUCAUAGAAUAUAUCUUUUUCGAAAAAGGUUUUGAAAAAUUUUUGGCAGUAAAGAUGUCUCAUACAAUAUUGUUAGUACAACCAGGAAACAGACCAGAAACACGAACAUAUUCAGACUAUGAAAGUGUAAACGAAUGUCUAGAAGGUGUAUGUAAAAUAUAUGAAGAACACUUGAAAAGAAGAAAUCCAAAUACUCCUAAGAUCAGAUACGACAUCAGUCAAUUGUUUGAUUUUAUUGAUCAAUUAACAGACUUAUCAUGUCUAGUUUACCAAAAAUCAACGAAUACUUAUGCACCCUACAAUAAAGACUGGAUAAAAGAAAAAAUAUAUGUUUUACUGCGUCGAGCAGCUGAACAGAGUGAGUGAUGAUUAAUGUAAAAAGUGCUUAAAUAUAUUUUAUUUUAAGUAUAAUUAUUCAAAUACAAAAUAUCAUAAUUAAUUUUUUGCUGUUUAUAAUUAAUAACAAUAAUAAUGAUAAUAAUCUACACAUUGCUGUAUAAAAAUUAAUAC